CUGUACUGACACAUCACUAGGUUUUAAACCGUAACACCCAGAUAUGCUGUCUACGUAGACAGCUGGCUAUGAUUUGAGACGGCGCCGCUGUUUAUAGGGUCAUCGUGUGUUAUUCACGCUGGGAUCCAUUCCAUCCACAUUCAGCGCACAGCGAUCCUUCCUCUCUCUCUCCUUCAUCAUCAUCAUCAUCGAUACAGAUGAUUAAACUGACGCCUCUGUUUGUUUGCUGUUGCGAUAUUGUGCAUGCGGCGUCAGAACUAGAUUUGUAUCGUGCUUAGAAACCUCCCAGUGAACGGGUUUACGAGGACAUCGGAAGGACGCUCUUAACGUUAUGUUCCAAAUGUUUGGAGUGGAUUUGGUUGCUUCUGAAUCGCAUUAACGGAGUUACAAGCUUCAAGACGCCCGCGGACAAAGCGACAUUUCUGGGCAUGAUGUCCACAUGCCCCUGUGUCCUGGAGCGCAUCCUGUUGUGUUGAGGAUAGACAUCUGCAAUGAAGGAGUUCUCCAAACAAACAUGUAAACCAAACACGCGGAUCUUAUUUCUUUCCCAUCGUUUCGGAUGCACAUAUUAGCAAUGCAUUUAAAACAUUGAAGAUUUCAAUGGAAAACAUGGAGAUAAGAAAAUGGUUUCUUGGUUACAGUGCCACAAUUUUCUUUGACUGGGCUAUGUAAUGCUUCCUUCAUCAGAUCAGAGAUGUUUCUUCAAGAUCCAGCUGUCUCGUUAGUUCCUUGAGGACUUUUGAAUUCUGAUUCACUUGUGUUGCUUUAAAGUUGUGUUUUAUUACUGGUGGGUAGAUGACAGGCAACAUGCAUCUCGGAGUAGAGGAGCCCAUCCGAGAGUGCCAGUACAAUCAGAUCUGCACACACAACUCCUCACCCAUGGACACUCCACACACCAAGAAGAAGAAGAUCAAAAGGAAAUGGCAGGUUUUUCCUGGCCGAAAUAAGUUUUACUGCAACGGCAGGAUCAUGAUGGCAAAGCAGACCGGGGUCUUCUAUCUUACAACGGUUCUCAUUUUGGUGACCAGUGGCCUCUUCUUUGCCUUUGACUGCCCAUUCCUGGCAUCAAACCUGACCCCUGCUAUUCCGGCCAUCGGAGGAGUGCUAUUCGUCUUCGUGAUGGGAAUGCUGCUCCGGGCGAGCUUCAGCGACCCGGGCGUCCUGCCCAGGGCCACACCAGAGGAAGCAGCCGACACUGAGAGGCAGAUAGAUGCAACCAACGGCCCGAGCGGCCCAGGGUACAGACCACCCCCUCGGACCAGAGAGGUGGUCAUUAAUGGUCAAACAGUCAAACUAAAAUACUGUUUCACCUGCAAGAUCUUCCGACCGCCGCGGGCCUCACACUGCAGCCUGUGUGACAACUGCGUGGAGAGAUUUGAUCAUCACUGCCCGUGGGUGGGCAACUGUGUGGGGAGGAGGAACUAUCGCUUCUUCUACCUCUUCAUCCUCUCACUCUCCUUCCUCACCAUCUUCAUCUUCGCCUUCGUCAUCACGCACGUAAUACUGAGAUCCAACAGGACUGGCUUUCUUAAUGCUCUCAAAGACAGCCCUGCCAGUGUUCUGGAAGUGGUGGUGUGCUUUUUCUCCGUCUGGUCCAUCGUGGGACUGUCUGGAUUCCAUACCUACCUGAUCAGCUCCAAUCAGACCACCAAUGAAGACAUCAAAGGUUCAUGGUCAUCCAAACGAGGCAAAGGCAACUUUAACCCCUACAGCUACGGAAACUUCCUCACCAACUGCUGCGCUGCACUGUGUGGACCUCUGCCGCCGAGUUUGAUUGACAGAAGAGGUUUUGUCCAACCAGACACUCCGCAGCCUGCAGCCCAGACAAACGGCACCGGCGCCUGCCCCUCCAAUCAAGUCCAGAGUCACAUGUGUGCUCAAGACCAGUGCAUUCAGAGCACCAAAUUCGUUUUGCAGGCCGCCACCAACCCGCUGCUCCACAGUCAGCCCAUCAUUCUGGGCGGAGGCGCUCCCCUCCAGGCCAAGACCUCUCUGGGUGGGCCGUGCUCCACUCUGGGCCCCUCUCAGGCCUCGCUGCCCUCCUCUAUCCCUGGCCUCAGCUGCGGAGGAGAGCUGAUGGCCCUGCGAGACUCUGAGAUCCACUGUCACCAUCACCUACACCAUCAACAUUUCAUCAGUCCUGAAGAGACGCCCUCCCCGCCUGCAGCCCUGCCCUGCGCCACCCACCUGGGUCACAACGUUCACCCGGCGCAGCUCUUCAACCCCGCCAGCCAGGACUCGCUCCAUGAAGACUCUGUGCGGGGUUUGGUGAAGCUGAGUUCAGUGUGAGCUGUUUUUAGUGCCGUCCUGCUGAACUGGACCAUAAGCCAUUCGGUACUUUACACACAUAUAACAGCCUCUGCUGAUAUUUAAUGGAGGCAGCUGCCCCGAACAGUUUCUGGAGUACCAGGUUAGGGACCAAAGCUAGUCUCCCAGCUCUGUUAUUACCCAAGCUAUAUAUUUUUUUCUUUUAUGCAAGCUUGUUUCCACUACGGAUUAAAAAUAUUUAAAAAAGGUAACUGCG